AUGUCAGAGGGAGUGAUUACACCCCUCAGUGGCCAGUUGGCCCAACAGUCCGCCCCCAGUGGCCAGCCCUGUGGGGGCUGUCAGGACCAGGCAGACUGGAGCUUGUGUACAACUACAAGGUAUUUCACCUAUGAAGAGGAUGCCCCGGGGACGGAGAUAGGAAAUCUGUCCCAAGAUUUGAAGAUUGAUCCAGCUGAUGACCCCAACACAUCGUUCCGCUUCAUGCAAGAAAACAACUCUUCUGUGAUUGAAAUGAGGGAGAUUGACGGACUUCUGAGUGUUGCAGAAAUGAUUGACAGAGAGCAGCUCUGCCCCAGGUCUCCGCGCUGCUUCAUCACCUUCGACGUUGUGGCCUUCUCCAAAGAAAAGUUUCAACUCAUUCACGUGGAGAUUGAGGUAAAAGACAUCAACGACCACUCUCCUCAUUUUCCGCGCAACCAGACACACCUGGAGAUAGUGGAGAAUGUUCCGCUGGACUCAAGAUUCCCACUGCAGAUUGCUCUCGACCAGGACGUAGGUGAAAACUACAUUCAGAUCUACAACAUUUCCCCCUCUAGUCAUUUUGCCAUUGAAGUGCGCGAUCGGGAAGAUGGAGUGAAGUUUGCUGAACUGGUGCUGGUGAGGGAGCUCGAUAGGGAGGUGGAGGACUCCUACACAUUCGAAGUCACUGCAACUGACGGAGGAGUGCCUGCAAAGUCCGGGUCAAUGAUUGUAAAUAUCAGCGUGCUGGACUUCAAUGACAACAGCCCGACGUUUGAACACAGCUCGCUGAAAGUUGAGCUGAAUGAAGACUCCCCGGUGGGUCACAGAGUUCUCAAAGUUCAUGCUUUUGACCCCGACGACGGUGUUAACGGCGAGGUGACAUACGCGUUUGCUGACGGGCUAUCACCGGAAGCUGGACGCCUUUUCCACAUCGACCCUUUUUCCGGGGAGGUGAACUUGAAGGCGCUGGUUGAUUUUGAGAAAAGGAGGUCAUACGAGCUGAACAUCAAAGCCUCUGAUUCAGGCGCGAACUCUGUCCCAUCCAGCUGUAAAGUUGUGAUAGAUAUCGUGGACGUGAAUGACAAUGCGCCUGAAAUCAGCAUCAAGCCGAUGACUUCCAGCAGUGAUGGAGUCGCCUACAUCACGGAAGCUGCAGCAGCGGAGAGCUUCGUGGCUCUGAUCAGCACCUCGGACAGAGACUCUGGCUCCAACGGGUACGUUCACAUCAGCCUGCUCGGGCACGAGCAUUUCACCCUUCAGCAGGCAUAUGGGGACUCUUUCAUGAUUAUCACCAGCACAACUUUAGACAGAGAGAAGAUCCCAGAGUAUAACCUGACUGUGAUUGCAGAGGACCUUGGAAGCCCACCCUUCAAAACUGUCAGACAGUACACAAUCCGUGUAACAGAUGAGAAUGACAACCCCCCCCUCUUCAGUAAGUCACUAUUUGAAGUUUCAGUCCUGGAAAAUAACAUCCCAGGUUCAUAUGUUACCACAGUUGUGGCCCGAGAUCCUGAUGUGGGAAAGAACGCCAAAGUCUCUUACAAACUCAUAGAUUCAGAGAUGCUGGGAGGAUCUCUAAUGUCCACUUAUGUAUCUGUGGAUCCACUCUCAGGGUCUUUGUAUACUUUGAGGUCCUUUGAUUAUGAGACUCUUCAGCAGAUUGAACUGGUCAUCCAAGCUGAAGACAGAGGUUCCCCCUCUCUUUCAAGCACGUCAACAAUAAGGAUUAAAGUUGUGGAUCUGAAUGACAAUUAUCCAUACUUCACCUUCCCCGUCCUUGUGAAUGACUCUGCUGACAUCCCUCUGCCUUUCAAUGCACCUGCUGGCUAUCUUGCCAUUCGCGUCUCAGCUGAAGACGACGACGAGGCAGUGAAUAGCGAGCUCUAUUACCAAAUUGUACAAGGUGACCCACAGCUUUUCACAAUGAACAAAGACACUGGAGAGAUUGCUUUAAAGAAAUGGCUGACAUCUGAAAUUGGAGACGUGCUGGAAAUGAAAAUCGCCGUGAGUGACAGUGGCAGGUCCCCGCUCUCCAGCAGUGCCACCAUUAGGUUUAUCGUCUCAGACACACAGCCCUCUGAAGACCAAGUCGUUAUUGUGUUGCGGUCAAGUGAUGAAGAAGGCUUUGGCUUGGAUGGCUCGCUAAUUGUCAUUAUUAUGCUCAGCGGGGGCUGUGCAUUGUUGCUGAUUGCAAUAGUGGUUGUUGUUGUGACAUGCAAACUCAGCCGAAACGGUGGCUCAAAGAGAGAAGUGUGUCACAGCCUGUUUGAUGGCAGGCCCAUGCCCAUGCUCAGCUCAACAGAACCAAACAUUUACACAGGCCAACAAGGCUUCUUCCAUGAGAGAACCUCUUCGUCUCUGGAUGACCCCUGCCUGUAUGAGGAGAGGAGUGGGGACUCCGAGACAAAAAUGUUCCUUCCUUCCAAGCAUUUCCAAGCAAAAUCUGUGUGGCAAGGUGACAAAUACUGCUUGCAAGUGAGUGGCAUUGGCAACAGCGACCAGCUGAGCGUGAAGGACAGUGGCAAAGGGGACAGUGACUUUAACGACAGUGACUCUGAUAUCAGUGGAGACGGAGGCAAAAAGAACUUCAGCACCUUCCAGCCAAGGAUGAAAAGUUCAUCCAGCGCUGCUAACAGCUUGUCUGGGGAUUGCCAAGGCACAUACUGUGCUGUACCACCGCAGAGCUUCAGAGGCCCCAGAGACAAUGCAUACACAAUAGGCUUCUCCCCAGUACCAGUCUUCAACAAUCCUCAUGGGUAUCUCCACUUUUGGAAGGACUCUGGUUAUGGCACGAAUCGCCCAAAAUCGAGGACCAGCAUACAGACCUUCUCCAGGGCCGGGACCCUCCCUCCUUACUUCACUCAGCAGCAGCAGCAGCAGCAGCAGCAGCGUGAGGCGAGUGUUGGAGGAACUGAAAUCCACAGCCACAGUCCAAAAAUUGUAACUGUGGCUACGGCAUUAGAGGUUGCAACUAUCUUUUAA